GUGCAACCCCAGUCAUGUGGCUGCCAUGGUUAAUGAUUGGCCCCCGGAGGAUGUGUGGGAAGGGGGGUGAGGCUGAAGUCUACUGUCCCCCUGCAGUCUGCAGACACCAUGGCUCUGCUGGUGGAGUGUGUUCCGAACUUCUCUGAGGGUCGAGACAAACAGGUGAUCGAUGCCAUCUCUGCAGCCAUCUCUCAAACCCCCGGCUGCAGCCUGCUGGACGUUGACCCAGGGGCCUCCACCAACAGGACUGUCUACACCUUCGUGGGUUCCCCAGAGGCGGUGGUGGAGGGGGCGCUGAAUGCCGCCCAGCGAGCCUUCAGCCUCAUUGACAUGAGGAAACACUCAGGAGAGCAUCCACGGACCGGGGCGCUGGACGUCUGUCCUUUCAUCCCAGUCCAGAACGUCACUAUGGACGACUGCGUCCACUGUGCCAACGAGUUCGGACGCAGACUGGCAGAGAUGCUGCACGUUCCUGUGUAUCUUUAUGGAGAAGCAGCGCGAUCAGAAUCCAGGAGGAGUCUGCCAUCAGUCCGGUCUGGAGAGUAUGAAGCUUUACCUGAGAAGCUGAAGCGUGAGGACUGGGCCCCAGACUUUGGCCCCGCCCUCUUUGUGCCAUCAUGGGGCGCCACGGUAACCGGGGCUCGCAAGUUCCUGAUUGCGUACAACGUGAAUCUGAUCAGCACCAAAGAACAGGCUCAUCGUAUUGCCUUGGACAUCCGGGAGCAGGGCCGAGGGAAGGACCAGCCAGGACUCCUGAAGCAGGUGCAGGGGAUGGGCUGGUACCUGGAGGAAGCCAACCUGGCUCAGGUGUCCACUAACAUCCUGGACUUUGAGAUGACGCCGCUGCACGCUGUGUAUGAGGAGAUCUGCAGGGAUGCUGAGGAGCUGAAGCUGCCGGUGGUCGGCUCUCAGAUCGUCGGUUUGAUUCCCCUAAAAGCUCUGCUGGACUCUGCUGACUUCUACAUCAAAAGAGAUCAGCUCUUCAUCAUUGAGGAGGAGCACAAAGUCCGCCUGGUAAUCAGCAAACUGGGUCUAGAUUCCCUCGGCCCGUUCAACCCAAAGGAGAGAAUCAUAGAGUACAUGGUGAGGUCAGAGGAACAAGGCGGCCUUAUAUCUCUGUCUCUGCAGCAGUUUGUUCACAGUGUCGGCGCUCGAACUGCUGCUCCGGGAGGAGGAUCGGUUUCUGCUGCCAUCGCAUCCAUGGGGGCAGCAUUAGGUGCCAUGGUGGGACAGAUGACAUACGGAAAGAGACAGUUUGAGAAUCUGGACAGCGUGAUGAGGAAGCUGAUUCCUCCAUUUCAUCAGGCAAUGAAUGAGCUGCUGCACAUGGUGGAUGCAGACUCCUCUGCCUUCAACAGCUACAUGGUGGCUCUGAAAAUGCCAAAGAAAACUGAAGAGGAGAGGAAAAGACGAGAAGCUGCAGUGCAGGAAGGUCUGAAGCAGGCUGUGGGCGUCCCUCUGGCUCUGGCCCAGAAGAUCAACGUCCUCUGGCCGCCUCUGAAACAGAUGGUUCUCUACGGAAACAUUGGCUGCAAGUCCGAUGCUCAGGUUGCAGCCAAAGCCCUGGAAGCAGCCGUUUAUGGAGCGUACUUUAAUGUGUUGAUCAACCUCAAAGACAUCUCAGACGAGGCCUUCAAACUGGCAACAAAGAGAAGAGUGUCUGAGCUGCUGCAGGAAGCCAAAGACAGUGUGGCCGCCAUCCUGGACGCUGCUGAGAAAAGAACAUGAGACCUUCUGAAGAAUAAAAUCAUUAUUCAUCAAAA